UUGAGCUGCCUAGGCUUGGGAACAAGGUGAUGUGGCUAAUGCGAAGUUGUCCCUCCUGUAAUCUUCAAUGCAUCUUUCCUUAUUUCUGUGCUCCAACCAAGUGCUUUAGCCUCUCCCUCAGAUUUCUUAGUUCUUGGGAAGGUAAUUUUGUGUUUGGAAAGUUUUUCACAUUGAUAUUUCUGCAAGUGGAUGAAUGUUGGAAUCUCUUAUUCUGACAUCUUCUUGACAUCACUCCCUGAAACAGUUAAUAUGUUAAACAAAUAUACACAGGAAUAAGAUGUUCAUGGAAUGUAUUGACAAGACAAAAAGUUGAAACUGUUGGCAGAAACCAAAAGUCAAUAUUAGACCCAAGCAAAUAUUGCCUGCAGUGUGCCCUGGGAUAGCUGCAGACUGUUCAUUUUUAAGUGGCAAGAGACACUCUCACCUCCCAAACCACAGAAACAAUUGUGCUUUCAGUAUGUUUGCAUUCACUAAGGCAGCUUACUUCAUUUGCUUGUUUGGCACAGUUUUUGGUGGAUGUCUGACUCAAUGGUACAAAAAUACCUUCUUCAGAGGUGGAGAUGUAACUGCUAAGUACACCCCAGAUGCCCAGUACUGUAAGAUGCUGUGCACUUUCCACCCCAGGUGUUUGCUGUUCAGUUUUUUUCCAGGAAGUUCAACUAAUGACCCAAAAAGAAGGUUUGGUUGUUUCUUGAAAGACAGUACUACAGGAAUUCUACCAAGAGUGCAUUGGACAAAUGCAAUUUCUGGACAUUCCUUAAAACAAUGUGGUCAUCUAAUAAGUGCCUGCCACCGAGAUGUUUAUGAAGGAAUGGACAUGAGAGGGUCCAAUUUCAAUGCAUCUAAGGUCCAGAGUGCUGAAGAAUGCCAGAAACUGUGCACCGAUAACAUCCAUUGCCAGUUUUUCACGUAUGCCACACAAGCAUUUCACGAUGCAGGGUACCGGAACUACUGCCUAUUAAAGCAGAGUUCAAGCGGAACACCUACCAGUAUAAAGAUGGUGAAUAACGUGGUAUCUGGAUUCUCACUGAAGCCCUGUGCGCUUUCAGAAUUUGGUUGCCGCAUGGACCUUUUCCAGCAUGUUGCAUUUUCAGACGUGAACUUAGCCAGAGUUAUCACUCCAGAUGCUUUUGUGUGUCGAACCAUCUGCACCUACCAUCCCGGCUGCCUCUUCUUCACAUUCUAUACAAACGCGUGGAGUACAGAGUCCCACAGAAAUGUUUGUUUCCUUAAGACUUCUAAAAGUGGGACACCAAGUUCCUUUACUCUUCAGGAAAACACAAUAUCUGGACAUAGCCUUUCCACCUGCAAAAAAACUUUGCCCGAACCCUGCCUCUCCAAAAUUUAUUCUGGAGUUGACUUUGGAGGGGAAGAACUGAAUGUGACCUUCGUGGAAGGAGCAAGUGUUUGCCAAGAGACUUGCACGAAGAUAAUUCGCUGUCAGUUUUUUACUUACUCUUUACUUCCAGAAGACUGCAAGGGAGAGAAGUGCAAGUGUUCUUUACGAUUGUCUCUGGAUGGUUCCCCAACCAGGAUUACCUACGGGAGGAAAGGGAGCUCUGGUUAUUCUUUGAGAUUAUGUAAAACUGAGGACAGCUCUGUCUGCACAACAAAAGCAAAUGCACGCAUCGUGGGAGGAGCAAACUCUUCCUGGGGAGAGUGGCCCUGGCAGGUCAGCUUGCAAGUGAAACUGGCGAGUCGCAGCCACCUGUGUGGGGGGUCCAUCAUCGCGCCACAGUGGGUCCUGACCGCCGCGCAUUGUUUUGACGGGAUUCCCUUCUCAGAUGUUUGGCGCAUUUAUGGAGGCAUUUUAAAUCUGUCAGAGAUUACAAAAGAAACUCCUUUCUCACAAAUAAAAGAACUUAUUAUCCACGAGAAAUACAAAGCCUCAGAAACUGGUCAUGACAUUGCCUUAAUAAAACUUCAGGUGCCAUUGAAUUAUACUGAAUUCCAAAAACCAGUAUGCCUGCCCUCCAAAGAUGAAAUGAGUACAAUUUAUACCAACUGCUGGGUAACUGGAUGGGGCUACGAUAAGGAGAAAGGUGAAAUCCAAAAUAUUCUACAAAAGGCAAAUAUUCCUUUGGUAACAAAUGAAGAAUGCCAGAAAAGAUAUAAAGAUUAUGUCAUAACCAAACAGAUGAUCUGUGCUGGCUACAAAGAAGGGGGUAAAGACGCUUGUAAGGGAGACUCUGGUGGCCCCUUAGUCUGUAAACACAACGGAAUAUGGCGUUUGGUGGGCAUCACUAGCUGGGGCGAAGGUUGUGCCCGAAAGGAACAGCCAGGUGUCUAUACGAAAGUUGCUGGAUACAUGGACUGGAUUUUAGAGAAGACACAGAAGAGUGAUGGGAAUGGUCUGAUGGUAGUGCCAGCGUGAAGUGGCGAUAUAGUGGGGAAAAGCCCAGACUGUAGCACUAGUUUACAGUCUGGGUUGCAGUCAAAUAGUGAGCCUUGGACUUCUUGCCUGUGAAAUCUGGAGAACGGAUCUACCUCGAGCCCUUGUCAUAAGGAUUUUAAAAGAUGGUCCACAACUGCUGAGGACAAUGCCCUGCCAAAGCAUGCUGUUAACAUUCAGUAACCAGGAGCUCAUAAUGAGAAAUAGCUGAAGAGCUUUGGGAUUGUGUGAUGUAAAAUAAAACAGAAGAAGAACAUGAUUAGAAGUAUUUCCCUCUGGUUAUGAAACAGAACUGAAAACAAGUGACUCUGGAUUCUAGCACAGUGUUCCCUGGAACAUAACCCUGCCUGCUAUGCUUGGGGUGAGAAGUAAGGAAGCUUGGGCUUUGCUCUGCCCAGUGAAAGAAAGAAAUCUAAUAUUCUCCUUAACAAUAAAAAGAUGGAUUACCCGAACUUGGGAGAAUAGGACACCUUUUCAUUUGAGGCACUUACAUUUGUUCCUGAGCAUUGAAACAAGGGUCCAGGCUGGGUGUGCAGCAGACCCUGGUAGGGUUGCACUUUUCUGGUUGAAGCUCCUGCAGUAGUUUCACUGCAGAGCCUUCAGGCAGGGCAAGAAAUCUGCUUUGCAAAGAACAUUAACCUAAGAGGCUCAGUAGAUACUGAGUUGUGCAAUGGUAAUCCAAAAUCAUUGUUAGGUAUAUAGUACUGCGUACAUUCAGUCUUGUAAACGCGUGUAAGUAGUAGUUGUUAUCCUUGGAAUGGAAGAUCUGAACUGUAUACAACACAAAUUCCAAACUUGCCAGUGAUUACCACAGUUGACCACAGGUAGUUUGAUUCAGUUCAGUUAAGCUGAUUAACAUGUACAUAAGAUCUGCCAAUUACAAAAUAUUGUGUAAGUUAAGUAGAAAAACAAAAAGUAAAGUUUUCUAAAAGAUUAAAUUUUCUUUGCAUAUGCCAUGAUACUUUGAGUGGUAGAAAGGAAUAAAGAUGGAGGAGGCUAAUGGAAAACCAGGAGGUCCUGGUUACCCAUAGCCCAUGCCACUGGAAACUGAAGAGGUAAGAAUUAUUCCAGAAGCAAUGGCUUUUCUAAAACCUGGCUAGAUUACAUGAACUGUUUUUCUAAAAGCACAUAAUUUCAAUGUUUAUGUUUGUAUUUAAUAAAGAUAUUAGUCUUGUUAUGUGUA